AUGGAUGCGGAGGAGAUCGACACUGAACAGUUGGAAGAAAAGAGUGGCCUUGAGGGAAGCACAACGAGAGCUCAACCUCCCAGAGCAUGCCAUGGUGACAGACUGCUCAACACUAAGAUGGAUGCGGAGGAGAUCGACACUGAACAGGACCUGGAGGUCUUGGAAUCUGUAAACAAGGCACGAAGCCCACUCCAGGACUUCACGGAUGCCUUAUCGGGUGAACGUUAUGUGAGCAUAUCUUGUGUGAAACCUGCUCUGCAUCUUCUGAACACCUCAGUGCUGGCUGAAGACGAAGCAGACACUGACCUGACCAAAUCACUGAAAUCAAAAAUUCUUAGCUACCUCAACAACAAAUAUGAAGGCACGCACGACUUGCUAAACUUCACCACUUUCCUAGACCCAAGGUUCCGAACACAAUACAUCUCUGAAGAAGAGACCCAGAUCUUAAAGGAACGAGCCAUCUCUGAGUUGAUAGAAAAUCACCAGCAGCAGACUGUAGCCCAAAGCACUGCAGCGAUGGAGAAUGAUAGCCUGGAUGUGGAAAGUCCACCUGCUGCUAAAGCCAAGAAGAAAACUCUGGCCAGUUUCUUCAAGGAAACCACAUGCACAGCACCAAGAGCAUCAUUGUCAUCCACAUUUGAUUCCAUGGCACAGUUUAGAGAAGCAGUGGCCGCUGAACUCAAUGCUUACAUUUACAUGCCAUGUGUAGACCAUGGAGAAGAUCCACUGAAAUGGUGGAAGUUCCACAAAGUAAACUUCCCUAGGCUAUGCAAACUAGCACAGAAAUAUCUGGGCAUACAAGCAACAAGCUCUGCAUCAGAGAGAGCUUUUAGCACUAGUGGUAAUGUUGUGUCGAAUCAUCGCUCUUGUCUGAAACCAGAGAAAGUGGAUAUGCUUGUCUUUUUGGCAAAGAACCUCUAAUAUGAUAAGUUUAACUGUUUAGAAAGAGGAUUUGGAAGUACCAGUUGGUCAUUUAAAAAAAAAAAAAAAAGAUUUAGUGGUUUGAGUUUGAUUGAGUGAACCACAAUUUUAUAUCCAGUUUCCUUUUCAAAAGAGUUUAUACAGAGUAUAUGUUACAUCCUGAGUAAAUGUCCCUGU